GGUCUACUCAUUAACUCAUUUUGUUCUUGUUCUUCUUUCUAUCUGUAUGCCAAAAUUAAGCCAUGGAACCAACCCCAAAAGGCCUAACCCCAGAAGAGUACACAGACCUCAAACCUCUCAUUGACACAUACCACAAAUUCGAGCCAUCCCAGAACACAUGUGCAUCCCUAAUCACACAACGAAUCGAUGCCCCAGCCAAUGUUGUGUGGCCUUUUGUUAGGAGUUUUGAGAAUCCACACAAGUACAAGCACUUCAUCAAGAGUUGCCACAUGAGAGGUGAUGGUGGUGUAGGCAGCAUGAGAGAGGUAACCGUGGUUUCAGGGCUACCGGCCUCGACAAGCACAGAAAAGCUAGAGAUUUUGGAUGAUGAGAAGCAUAUAUUGAGCUUUAGAGUCGUUGGGGGUGAACACAGGCUCAACGAUUAUAAGUCUGUCACAUCUGUUAAUGAGUUUAACAAGGAUGGGAAGGUUUACACUAUUGUUUUGGAGUCCUAUAUUGUUGAUAUACCAGAAGGGAAUACUAAGGAGGAUACAAAUAUGUUUGUGGACACUGUUGUCAAGUUCAAUCUUCAAAAACUUGGUGUUGUGGCGAUGGCUUCUCUUCAUGGACAUGAUUAAAUUAAUGAAUGGUAUGGUGGGUAUUAAUUUAAUUUCUUUGAAAUUAAUCGUAGUGGUUAGUAAUGCUUAUUUUCUGCUGCAAGUUGGGGUUUUUUUUUUUAAUUUUAUGGGUCUUUCUAGUGGGUUAGAGAGCUGGAUUGGUUAGUAUAUUUUUAGUUGAAUUUGAUACAAUAAUAUUGUAUCUUGUUAUUCCAAUGUUAUGUGUUUUGGUUUAAUAAAUAUCGAUGACGUUUCAGCACAAAAUGGUCCAAAGCAUGCAUCAAAUGGUAUAGAAUGUCCACUUGAUGAAGAGUACUGACAUCACAGCUUAUUUUAUAGCAUGUGCCGUUGCACUGCGAAUUCUUCAACC